AUGCGCCUCAUGAAGCUUGUCCUUGCCUUUGCGGCCCUCGCCGCUGCGCUGCCUUCCGAGAACGUAAAGGAAAAUGGCUUCGAAGUGAAACUUCGCGAGCCCGAGCCUGGCCCUAAGCCUGAGCCUCACAAAGAUGACGUGCCCAUUCUCGAUGCCAGAAUCGACGCCCAUGAGAAGGAGGGCCGCACCGUCAACCUCUCGCCGCGCAACAACCGCGAGGGUCUCCUCCCUCGUCAGUGCAAUUCCCAUAGCACCUGCCCCUGCGACAGCCGCGCGCGGGGCCUCUGGUGCGGCUACUGCACCAGUCCCUUGGACGCCAUAUACGAAUGCCGGAGCGGCGAUUGUCUGAACUGGGUCUACCAGUGCGGUGCUGGGGGUGCCUGCUGCACCUACGGCUACCGUAUUAGCUGUGCUAACCGCCAGGGACCCUGCGGUUCCUAA